AUGGAUGAAUUCAAACUCGAGAGAGGUGGUGCCUCCCUCAAUCCUCCUCAAACAAGUUCGAGCGACUACAACGAAGAAGUAGUUAGCGUCAGUGUCCGCAGAGCCACCCCUAAAGAUUUUUCGAUCAUACAAAAAUUUCUCAAUGACAACAGCUUCCUUCUCGCCAAACGCUUUGGCAACUACAAUCUGAAAUCAGUUUUGGAGACAAGUUAUUUGUCAAUCAUUGCAGAGACAGACAACAACCAAAUUAUUGGAUUUGUAUCUUUGGAAUUUGAUUGUAUUUCCGAUCCUGUUGAAUUCGAAAAGUAUUUCUCUAAUCUACCUCUAUCAGUUCGGAACUCAAUAUGGAUCAGAUUGUUGCACUUCGAGCCGUUCUAUGGGGAGCAUGUACUUUUGGAAAUGUUGUCCUCAAUAUUUAUUACUUUUCCUGAAGUCGAUUAUAUUUGCUAUCAUCCAGGCAAAAACAUGGCCGGGGUUGAUUUCUUCUCUGAAUUUUCGAUUUUCUCCAAAGAGGAAGCAAAAGAUGUCAAAUCCGAGAAUGAAAAAUUUGUUUUUUUGUGUCACAGAGACUCAUUGGGGAAAGGAGUAAAAAAGUUAUCAAUUAGACAAGCAGUAGUUGAAGACAACGAUGAUAUUGUUCCAAUUUUAUCAUGUUGCGAGAACAUUACGUCAAUGAAACCUAGUGGCGAGUACUUUUUUGCAAACCUUCUGUACGAACAGAAUGAACACCGCAAAGUUCUCAUCGCAACCAAUGACGAAGGUGAGAUAAUAGGUGUCAUGUAUUUAUCUGCUGAGGUUGAUGUCAGGCAAAUCAUUACAGAUUACAAGCUCCAGAGUGAGGACGUUCCAAUUUAUGAUGAAUUCAUUAAUGAGACUCAGUACGAAGAUCAGGUCAUAUACAAUGCCAAUGCUUUUGAAAUCAAAUUAUUUUACAUACAAGAGGAAUACAAGUUCAGAAGUAUUGAUUUUUUAAGGGAAGCAUUCAAAUAUUUCUCAAAUAUUAAGUAUUGCAUUGUUGGCAUUAAUUUUGAAGAUCACACCAAAUCAGAGCAUCCUCUCUUAAAACAAUUUAUUUUUGUUGAGCCCAAUCAAGAAUGUUCGAGCUACUCUCUUCACUUACUCCCAAAGGUGUCGUUGAUGGCUGACUUUUUGGUUGUGAAGGCGACUGAAACUUCACUGGACAAGAAUUCAUCACCAGAGGAGACCAUUUUAAACUUACUUAGGCUAGCCGAAUUCGAUGAUGAGUUUAUUUCAGCAGUUGCAAAAAGCUUUAAGGGUACUAGAUAUGUCACAAUGUUGCUUUUUGAUAAAAACUCAGCGAUUGGAGGACAAAAUGAGAUCAUUGGAAUUGCUGUUGUUGAUACACAGGUCAAUGAAUUUUUACUUCGAAGGCAUUUUGAUUUUACAGAAUACGUGGACUACUCUGCUUAUUCUUCAAGAGGAAAAUGUCAAGGAAUGAUCACUCAUUACUACAUUGAGCAAAAAUUUUUCAGAUACUCAAAACUAUUUUUGAAAGAAGUCAUGAAAAAACUGGACAAACAUAUUCUUUAUUAUGGAUGUUACAGAGGAGAGGUACCUAAUGAAAGUUUGAAUAAGGAAUUGAUUUAUUUGAAAUCGACAAGACAAAUUGAAUUUCCAGAAUUCCAUUCUGAAACCAAUGGAAGGCACUCUGCAGCAGAUAAUGAAACAGUAGUCACUGCGGCGACAACUACUACUGUAUCGAGUGGAGGCUCAAGAAUUCAAACUAAUGUACAAUACGACUCUCUCUACUUUAUUAACCGUAGAUUUUUGAGUGAGGAGAAGACUGAAAUAUUUUCAAGAAUUGUGGUUAUUGGUGGCUCUAAAACUGGACUUGGAUUUAUUAAGGAACUUUCAGUCAAUUCCUCACUUUAUUUUAACAAUAUCAUUGUCGUUUCUCCUGCAACUGUUGAUGGAAACUGUUCUCAUUUUUAUACUGAUGACACUGACGAGGAGUUUAGCAAUAGAGAGCUCCAAAAUAUGAUCUCUCUUCCUAAUAUUUUCUUUGUUAGAGACAAAUUAGAAGAUAUUGACAGACACAAUAAGCGUGUAAUAUUGAAUGAUAACUCAUCAAGCUUCAUUACCUAUGAUAUUCUCAUUUUGUGCACAAGUCGACAAUACAAAAUGAAACAGAAAUAUCUCGAAUUGCAAGGAUAUCCCAAACGAGGAGUUUUGAACUUGAACAGUGCUGUGCUUAAUGAACAAGGUGAGGAGAUGGCUCUUACCGAUUAUUUAUCUACCUUCUUUGUGAAGAAUGAUGAUCGUUACAGAGAAGAAAACUCUUAUAUUGUGGUCUAUGGUUCUUCCUUAGACGCAUUAUGUACAGCCAGAGCGUUGUUAGACAAUUAUGAAAUUGAUCCUGAAAAAAUCCUUUUAGUCUUUCCUGAUGGUAAAAAGGGAGUGUUUAACGAAAAUGAUACUCUGGAAGAAAAGAUUGACUCUGUAUUGGAAGUAGUUGGAUUGAAAAGUUUAAUGUUCUAUCAUUUGGAAGAUAUGGCAUCUGAUGAUGACGGAAAUCUUAUCAAGAUCUAUCUUGCUCAAGGUGUUGAAGCUGAGAAAGAGGAUGCCAGACUUAAGAAUUCGAAACUUCUCGAGUUGGAUUGCUCUCUAUUUAUUAAUUGUCACUCCAAAGAUGUCGAUGAUGGAAUUCUUUCCACAGUCAAUAGACAAUCUCUUGUUUUUGAUGGAAGAUUAAUUGUUGACACACAAUUCAGAACCACGGAUCCAAGUAUUUAUUCAGCAGGCCCAAUGGCAAAGUUUUCAAGACGAUUUGGAGAAUCGAGAAUGAUGGAGGCUUUUAACUCCUCAGAAGUCGGUGCUAAACUUGCGAGAUCAGUGCUGCACUCUCUUGGAGUUGGUGAUGACGAAUUCCAACCUGAUGUAAUGCCCACCUUUACAAAGAACACUUCUGUUCGAUGCAUUCUUCCGGGUGGUGUCCGAUUCUUUAGAUGUAUGACCUCGACUUUUGACGUUGAAAAAUGUUUAAAGUUCGAAACCAGCUGCAACACAGGAUCAGCUCCUUUACAACAAUGUAUGGACUCAUUCAGAUAUUGCUGCAUUUAUGUUGACAAGUCUACAAACUGUAUUGAAUGUAUUUGUUAUCUUGGGCAAGAACUCGUUGAAGAAGGAAAUUUGGCAAGUUUGGUUGGACUUCCUGUGUCAUACUUUAAUGAUCUUGUCAACAGAUAUCAAGAGGAUCUCAUUACUGACUUUAUUGAUUUUCUUAGAGAGAAUUGGGUGAUGGCAAUUUUGUGUCACAAAUUUAUGUCUUUCAAAAACGAUGUCAAGAAGAAGCUGUUGAACGAGGAAACAUUGAUUGGAAAUAUUUAUGAUGUAUGCAGUGAGAUGGCAGAAAAACUGUUGAAAGGGGAAGUUGAGAAUUUAACCAUCGAUCCAUCUCUAUUCAUCAAUUUGGAGAAGAAAGUUUCAAGGGACGCAAAGAUAUUAGUGCAAUCUGAGCUAAUCGAUUUCUUGAGCGUUCACCAAGAUAUUCUGCAUUCUAUUCCUUCUGUGUAUUAUGUACCAAAGAAUUAA